GCGACACGCGGCGGUGCAGCGCCACACGGCCGGCGACUGGGCGGAGCUGGAGCGGCGCGCCGACCAGCUGCUCGAGACGACCCGGCUGCUCCAGCUGGAGGCGAACGCCGGAGGUGUUCUGGACGGACCCGCGAAGCUGGCUGAGGUGCAGGCUGAGCGGGCGGCGCUCGCCGGCCAGCUGGACCAGGCGGUGCGCGACACGGUCAGCCUGCUGCAGACUACGGCGCCCGAGGAGGCCAGCUCGUACGACCUCCGGCCGCCGGCCGCCUACCACCGGCUCGGCGACGGCCUGGCGGAGCUGCAGCAGCUGCUGGGCACCCCGGAGACAGAGGCGGCGGACGCGUCUGUGGCGCAGCUGGACGGCGCCAUGGAUGAGGCCGAGGCGUCGCUGGCGGAGCUGGAGCAGCUGCUGGCGGCCGAGGCGCCGCCGCUGGCGCAGCUGGCGCAGAAGCUGGGCGCCUGCGCCAGCGCCGCCGACCUAGUCGACUCACUGAGCCGGCAGCGGGCAGGACCGACCGAGGAGCGCGUGCCCGCCGUGCGUCGUCGAUACGAGACGCUGCGGGGGGCGGCGCACGGCCGCCUUCAUGACAGCGAGCGGGCGCCCAUGCAGUGGGAGCUGGACCGGUGGCGGCUGCAGCAGUGGCUGCAGCACACGGCCAGCAAGCUGGACGCCAUGCCGCCGGCCGACCGUCUGCGCCGCGACGACGUCCAGCUACGCCGCUUCAACCGACUGUGUGUGGAGCUGGAGGCGCACACCGAGCUGGUGACGGCCGUCUGCCUGGCCGGCCGCCAGCUGCCCGAGGCGGCGGCCGCCGGCGGCCGACCGGUGCGCGAGCGGCUGGCCGAGCUGCAGAGCCAGUGGGACGCCGUCUCCGGCCGGCUGGUGGCGCUGCAGUCGCAGUUGCUCUCCGUCGCCGGUGACGAGGACCAGCCGGACGGCGCGCUGCCGGACGACGAGGAGAGACGCAGCAUGCUGGCGCGGACCGCUGGCCUCCUGUGGCGCGUGGCUCGGGUGGCGCUGCCCGUGCAGGCCCUGCUUCUGCUCGGCCUGGCCGUCCUGGCCCUGUACCCGGUCUGCGAGUCCGGCGCCGACUGCAGCAACGGCUCCAACAACUUCGCCGCCAGCGUGCAGACCAUGCUGAACUACCCCGGAGGCGCGCCGCCCAUGUAGAGGUGGCGCUGGCGCCGUCCUUACCGACUCGGGAGAGGCGGUCGACGUCGGAGCGAGACGACCGAAGGCUGUACGGUGUGACAUCUGUGAUGGAAGUGCUCUCGAGCAGAGGUAAACGUGAUCAGGUGACGUGCGUACCGUGUACUUGUCAUUCUUCGCUUCGCUUCGGGACAACGCCGCUAGUAUCUGUGUACAAUAUAACCGAUGGCCCGGCCGGCUUAGACGCCAGCUGCUCUGCUUCGAUGCCUUAGCGGCUUCCGCCGCGUUGCAGCCCGCUCUGUCGACAUCUGUUCUGUUUCUGGUGGUGCGGGCGUAGUGGGUGCUUUCUGCGGUUGAGCGUCGAGUGUAGCUAGUCGAGGUCAGGUCAGGUCGCAGCUCUCCCGGCGAGCGGCGGGAGGCUGUCCUGCAGCGUGUGGGGUCCUGAGAGGCCGCUCCGUCGGUACGUCGGCUGUGUUACGGCGGCCCCACCACUGUUCCGUCGCAUAUUUUCGCAAAUAUAUGUUUGUAGUACACUCGC